AUGGCGGCAGCGGGGGAGCGGGGGAGGAGGACGCUGCGCUGCGGUGUGAGAUCUGGCGGGGUCUGCGGCGAGAGCGGGGUUCUGGGGAUCCCCUCGGUCCCCAGGACCUUCCUGGACCCCAAAAGCUUCAGGGAGAGCUUGAAGCUCCUCAGGCACCAGCUCAUCCACACUGAAGAACGGCCCUACACGUGUAGGGAAUGUGGGAAGAGCUUCAGGACCAGCUCGCACCUGAUCCGACACCAGAACAUCCAUACUGGAGAACGGCCCUACACAUGUGGGGAAUGUGGGAAGACCUUCAGGCAGAGUUCCCACCUCCACAACCACCAGCUCAUCCACACUGGGGAACGACCCUACAAGUGCUUGGAAUGUGGGAAGAGGUUUCGUACCAGCGGGAAUCUCCUCCUUCAUGAGCGGAUACACACAGAGGAGAGGCCCUUCCGCUGCACCGACUGCGGGAAGGGCUUCAACCAGAACUCCCACCUCGUCACCCACCAGCGCAUCGACACCAGGGAGAGGCCCUACAAGUGUGGGGAGUGUGGGAAGAGCUUCAGCGACAGCUCCAACUUGACCAGACACCAACGGACCCACCAGUAA